AUGACUGAUAUUGAUCUUUAAAGAUGCGAAUUUUUGCUUAUGUCCCUUGGCUUGGAUAAGGUGUACUUUGGUCUAUUUUAAAUGCAAACUUAAUCAGCUCAUGAUAACCAGCCUGAGGAGGGUUAAAACUAUGAUACCAAGUACAUCACUAAAUUUGAGUAUAAAUUAUUUGAGAUUUCACCUAAAGAGAUAGGAAGGACCAGAUCGAGUGAGCUGAAAGUUUAACCUAUAAAGCUUUCAGUGUUGAAUCUCGUUAAUACUUCACCAAUAGAUAGUUCAUUGGCUCCGAUGCAAUAAUACUAGUUUGUGACAAAUGAUGUGAUAAAAUAAAUGGACAGAAUUGCAGGUUAAGUUAAAGAUGAGAUAAUGUAAAUAAAUUCAAACAGAGAGAAAUAUUUUAGUGAGCUUAGGGCUAAUGAAAAGUAGUAUGCUUUGAUGGUUAAUUAAAAUCAAGCUUUAAAAUAAAGGUAUUAAUAGUUGAAAAGAGAAAUCAGCGAAUUAAUGACAAUGCAGUAAUAAUACUGA